AUGUAUGAAGAUGAUAACAUUACCUCUACUCCUAAGCGUUACGCACUAACAGAAGUUACAAAUUCAACGAGUUACGUCUCACCGACGGCCAAUUUAAAGUUGUUGACGAAUGUUGCGUUGCAGUAUCCCACGCCGCCGCCAAGCACGGUUCAUCGAAAAGAAAAGUCUCUUCAGAUAUUAUGUGACAAAUUCCUCAAUUUGUAUCCAUUACACGGAAAUGGUACGGUGGAAAUACAACUGGACAGCACCGCAGCCCGGUUAGGGGUUGAAAAGAGAAGGAUGUAUGAUAUAAUUAAUAUUUUGGAAGCCAUGCAAUGUGCGGUACACAAAAGAAAAAACACUUAUUUGUGGCAUGGUGGUGCAAGGCUGAAUUCUUUUCUUAAAAUGUUGAAAAGACAAGGAGAAAAUUUGAAGUUAUCAGAAGCUCUUAGAGGAAGAGCACCAAAACCACCUGCACCAAAGCAUAAAACUUUGGGUGUUUUAGCCCAAAGAUUUUUGAUGCUUUUUUUAGUGGAACCUCCUAAUACACUAAUAAAUUUAGAAAUGGCUGUGAGUGUACUUAUAGACACAUCAAACAAAAGUAAAUCGGUGCUAUCUCCUGAGCAGCAGGACCGUCAACACAAGUCCAAAGUCAGGAGGCUUUAUGAUAUUGCUAACGUCUUUAUUUCAAUUGGUCUCAUAGAAAAGGUUUCAGGUAAUUUGAUACUAAAGAAGCCAGUAUUUAAGUAUGUUGGUCCAUUUAAGAUGAAGGAAACAGAGAAGGUUGUUUGCACUCCAUCACCCAUCACACCGCUAUCAAUAUUAGAUACACACCAACAAAUGACACCAUGUCAUGUAUUUGCUGGGAAAUCUAAGAGAAAACUAGAAUUUGCAACACCUACCACUAGUACAGAGAAGCUCGGACUGACGACCCCUCCACACACACCAUCUCACAAAUGGGAUGAAAUCCUUCUUGUAGCUGACAUGGAACUUAAUAGAAUUAACAGUGGUGUUGUGAUUAUUUAG